UUUUUUUUUUUGCCCCCCUGGCCAAAUAGAAUAAGAAACAAGCACCUAGAGGAGGGGAGUGCCAAAUAGAACGAAGAAGCACCUAGCGGACGGGCUGAUGGGUGUAGCGACGGCAGGGAAAUAAUCGGGUUGGGCCGCAUUGCAGUCAGUACAAAAUGUCGUUUUCGGCUUAUUAAACUGGAGGCCCAGUCUGAGCCACCAGUCCACCAGGGAUCUCACCUCACCCCCCAAACCCCCAACUCCCGUUUGGCGUUCUCCCAUCUGGUUGGAAAAAAGCCUUUCUGCCACGGGAGGUGGAGAUCAAGAGACUUGAACCGGGCGAUUUCCUUUCACAGUUUCAUCCAGCCAGCGAUGCAAUCGGUCGUGUUGCAUCCUUCUCCUUCUUGCUGCCGGGCUCAGCAGUCCCCUGAAGCCUCUUCUUCUUCUUCUUCUUCUACUUCCGUUAUCUUCCCUUCCCGCCCUCUCUCUUUCAAGGAUUCGGGCUUCAGGGGAACGACGAUUCCGAUCGCCCGAUGUGGGUUCGGUGGUUCUUCUUCCCUCCCUCUUCCGAUGGUUUCCCGAUCCCCAGGAUGGCAUGUGGUCAGAGCUAUUGCUACUCCAGAUCCAGUAGUGGAACUGCCACUGACUGCAGAAAAUGUUGAGUCAGUUUUAGAUGAAGUGCGACCAUACCUUAUUGCAGAUGGAGGAAAUGUGGCACUACAUGAGAUUGAUGGAAAUGUUGUAAGGUUGAAACUACAAGGAGCAUGUGGAUCCUGUCCAAGUUCUGUAAUGACAAUGAAGAUGGGCAUUGAACGCCGCUUAAUGGAGAAAAUUCCAGAAAUAGUUGCAGUUGAACCCAUCACUGAUGAGGAAACAGGGCUCGAGCUGAAUGCCGAAAAUAUUGAGAUGGUCCUUGAUGAGAUUAGGCCAUACCUCAGUGGAACUGGUGGUGGUGAGCUUGAGCUCAUCAGCAUUGAGGAGCCAAUUGUGAAAAUUAGACUUUCAGGUCCUGCCGCUGGGGUCAUGACUGUUCGAGUGGCAGUGACACAGAAGCUUCGAGAAAAGAUUCCUUCCAUAGCAGCAGUUCAACUCUUAUGAUACCCGAGAAAAGAUCCCUGCAAAUGCGUUAAGUUCAGCUCUUAAAAUACUUGAGAAAGAUCCCAUUGCAGCAGUUAGCUCUUAAAAUAAAUACCUGGCUGGGAAAAACCACCUUUUUAUAUAUGAUAUUGUGACCUUAUGCGUUAAAUAUUUUUAUAGAUAAUCAUUUUGCCUAGUGCAGAAAUUUUGCAAUAA